UCCCUUUUGUUUGGAACCAAGAGCAAGUUGAAGCUUUUUACCAGAAUCAAGCAGUUGCUAACCAGUCCUCCAAUCCUAUCCUUUCCUAAGGAAGACCAAGUCCAAAUUCUGUCAACUGAUGCUUCCAAUACUGGACUUGGUGCUGUGUUAUCUCAAAGUCCCAAUGGUCAAAUUUGCAAUAGUUUUGCAGACCACGUCCACCCGUCCGCUACCCCAGUAUAUAUAUCUCCACGCCAAUGCACCAAACAACGCCCCAACUUCUACCCGCAAGUGAGUACCUGUCUGUUUCUUUCGUUCAGAGCUCCCAUAGUUUCUUCAACAGGAGUGUAAGGAUCGAAAC